CUCUAGGUGAUCGCUGUCAAGGUUCAUGCUUAAAUGCCGCACUGCAGCCCCGAAUUUGCCAAAACUUUAUUUCUUUACAGAGAUAUACAGCUUUCAAUAUGAAAAGUCCACUCCGCCUCAAUUACCAAUUCUGUUCUUACUUACCUCAAUCUAAUAGCAGUGGCAUUUGAUGUCAACGAGGCUGCAAUGAUCCCUGCUGCCUUUUCAAAACCCGCAAUGCAACCGGGGGGGUCAUCGCGCCUUGCCACGACCACGCUCCUUCCUCGCCGUGCAGUUUCACACGAGGCUGCCAAGAUGGAAGAAUCCUCUUAAGGCCCGCAAGAGAGUUCUUCACCACUGUUCCUUUCUGUACAUAUUUGUAUAUAUCACAUGUGCGAUGAUUUUGCGGUGGAAGCGCUUGGCCGUUCCGGCGCUGGCGGGCGUGAGUGUCGCCGACAAUUGCACAUCCACAUCUUCGAAUGGCUUCAUAAUCGAUUCCCAAGCCGCGGCAGAUGCACUGAAUAGCUGUAGCACCGUCUCGGGGAACGUUACUAUCCAGGGCAGUGGCUUGACGACAAUUGCCUUGAAUGGCAUCCAGAUCAUCGAAGGCAAUCUUGCAGCUUCGGGCUGUGAUGACUUGCAAACGAUUACGGCUCCCGUCCUAUCGCAGAUUUCGAAUAACUUCACACUCUUCAAUCUCCCUCUCCUCGCGAGUCUCGAGUUCCCGCUGCUGGAUAACGUCAACGGAGGCAUAUAUUGGGAUACACUACCGGAACUCACGGAUGUUUCUUUUGGGAACUUGACGGCUCCAACAUACGGAUUGCCAGGGACGAAUGUUGAUGGAGAUAUCUCGAUAGCAAGUACUGGCCUGUCCAGUCUUGCAUUCCUGAACUUCACGCACUACUCGAAUCCAGCCAAGAUCUGGAUCACAAGAAAUCGGCAACUCGAUACUGUUAAUCUGACGGGCCUUUCAUGGGGCAGCAAUUCGUUGGCUAUUGUCGAUAACGGGCCUUCCGCACAAAUCUUUCUUCCAGACUUGAGAUCCGUGGGUGCUAUUACGAUUGAGAAUGCGGGACACAUAGAUGUUUCUUCACUAUCGGAAACUAGUGGGAGUGUUAAUAUUUCAAACAACGCUGUUGAUGUACUCUCAGUCCCGAACCUUACGGAUAUUGGUGGCAGCUUUAUCGUCGAGAAUAAUGGCCUCUUGGACGAUAUCAGUCUCCCACUCCUAACAUCCGUCCAUGGCGACCUCACAGUCUCCAAUAACAGUGUCCUGCACAUGAUCGGCGACUUAAACCAACUCUGGUACUGUGAAGGGAGCAUCGAUCUCUCUGGAGACUUUCAGACAGUCACACUACCCAGUCUUCGCAACAUCAUCGGCGGUUUCCACCUCAAUAGCUCUGACCCAGACUUCAACUGCACGACCUUCGACAAACUCGCCUCGGAAACCUCCUGGUCUUCAUCUUUCUAUUCCUGCGGCGCCUACGUACCUGGCUCACCCAAAGAUCUCGCAAUACAUUACCAAACUCCGAACAACGAAUUCAAGCUCUCGAAACCAGUCAAAGCUAUUAUCAUCAUUUUGUCUGUUAUCGUGGGCUUAUUUCUUUGUGCUUUAUUGUUGAGGCUCUAUUCGAGGAAGACGGCGGGCAGGAGAGGAAGUUUAAGUAGAAAUCGGAGUCGGGAGGACGGUGUGGAUCUGGACGAGACUGGUGUUACUAGGUCGGCCGAGGAGGGUGCGGAUGCACUGCCGAAGUAUAGGAGGGUGGGAGAGCCGGGGGAGGUCCCGCCGGUCUAUCAGGCAAGUGAGGAUGCGGUAGAGGCAGGCAAUCAGAACACGGAAAUGGCGAGUAGUAGCGCUUCUGUGACAGCUAGGAGGAGAUGGUUCUUUUGGUCAUGAGUUCACGAAUUAAUGAAUUCCCUUGCAUUUUGCUGCAACUUGUUUGUCGAGCUAUA